AUGAUACCGCUGUUGACUAGGAGAGACCCCAAUUAUGACGCUUUAAUUAAGGAGCAGGCUAGCGCUCAGGAUUACGACGAGUGGCUGGCUGCUUCGGUCAAGCUGGAUGAGCUCCUGGGCCUAGAUAGAUGGAAAAAGCACAAUGCAAGCCCAUUGUACGAUUACGAGCUAGUGAGUCACCGCCUGAACGAGCUGCGUGAAGCCCGGCUCUCUGGCAACAUCAAAAAAUUACUUUAUUUGGUCCGAACAACCCUCUCCCGAAACCUUGGCCGCAUGGGUGACCAGGAGCUGUACAAAAAGUGCUACUCAGGUACUAAAACGCUGAUCUCGGAUUAUAUAUGUGAGUGCGAAGCGGCAAUCGAGUCGCUGCUUGAGGCUAACAACCUGGACGAUUCCUAUCUUGUGCAGACAUUACUCCAGACCCGGAAGGCCUUUGGGCGUACAGCACUCGUGCUGUCAGGCGGUGCAACACUAGGACUACUUCAUGCCGGGGUUAUUUUCGAGCUGCAUGAACAUAAUUUGCUUCCGAAAAUUGUCUCUGGAUCUAGCGCGGGGUCUAUUUUUGCUGCACUGAUAUGCGUCACCAAGGAGGACGAGUUCGAUAAGCUGUGGAACCUCCGAAACCAGGAAAUUGCCAUUUUCCAUAGUGCUGGUAUCGAAGAAACAAUGUGGCAGCACGUCCAACGUUUCCUGAUUGAAGGCACUUGGGUCGACAGUGUCUGGAUUGAAACCAUGACCAAAGAGCUUUUAGGAGACUAUACUUUUCUUGAGGCGUACAACCGUACGGGACGUAUUUUGAACGUCACAGUCUCGUCAUCAGGUGUUCAUGAUAUGCCACGACUGCUGAAUUACCUGACGUCGCCCAAUGUUUUGAUUUGGUCGGCGGUCUGUGCAUCAUGCUCUUUGCCACUGGUGUUUUCGUCAAACACCUUGAUGGCCAAAAACCCCAGAACCGGUGAGGUGUUCCCUUGGGUGAAAACAACAUUUAUCGAUGGCAGCGUGGACAACGAUUUACCGCUGGCUCGCUUGGCAGAAAUGUUUGAUGUCAACCAUUUCAUUGCCUGCCAGGUAAACCCGCACAUUGCACCCCUUUUGCAUUUGUCCCAACAUUUCAGCCCGCAAAUCCCGAAAAAGAAGCUGGACGAUAAAAUCAAGCUGGAGGAAAACGACAUAGUCAAUCAGCACACACUAUGGUCCAAAACAAAGAGUAUGCUUAUUGGCGAGGUGUCACAUGCGCUGCAAAUGAUGAAGCAAGCAGGGAUUCUCGAAAAGACAACUUCCUCUUUACUCAAUGUUAUGGCCCAAGAGUACAUUGGAAAUAUCACCAUGCUGCCAUCUAUCGAGCUAACCGACUUUGCGAACCUGUUGCGAAACCCCACACCCGGCGUUCUGGGGGCUGCAAUGCAACGAGGAAGGUUAGCAACUUGGCCCAAACUUGCAAUUACUAGAAACCAUUGUGCCAUUGAGCUCAAACUAGACGAGGCUAUUAUGCGAGUGCACAGUCGUAUGAUUUCCAAGAACGCCAACCAGCUCAAGGCAGCUAUGAAAAUGCAUCAUCGCAACAGCGAAGAGCUCCUCCACAGUGUUCGAUCACAUCGUAGCCGCUAUUCGCUUGGAACUGUACGCUACUCGCCUUCGACCAAUAACGUUGCUUCAAUCACUCGGCGAAAGUCGUCGGUGCAAAUCCGACCAAUGUACUCACCAUUGAAUCAAUCACCGGCUCUAUCCCGGACUUCAUCGGGAUCAAACCUUGUAAUGGUAGGCCGUCAAGCAAUGACAGCUCCUAACUCGUACUCCUCUUCUUUGGCGACAUCACCGAAUGGUGCUCGCAAGCCCAGGACCCUGUCCACGGCGGUUGUUGAGGGAAGUACUAAUAAAUAG